CUUGAGCUCGUCUCACCAUGGCGGCGGCCGACCUUGGGGAAGGCCUGCCGAGGCAGAGUUUCAGCUUCCAGGAGUCAGGGCCCUCAAGGAGCAGGAUCGACGAGGAGGCUUUGCAAGAGGCUGCCCUGGAAAAUUUGUCAGGGAGGGAUCGCAUGAGACUUGCCACCGUGCCGAAAGAUGAGAGAUUCCAUGACUACCUUCAGCAGACCAGUAAGUUGGGCCAGAUCGACAUCUCCCACCUGAAUCCUGAUGAGCAUCGUGCGAUUGUGGACAAAGCGCUGCAGACAACCGACCAGGACAAUGAGAAGUUUCUGCGAAAGCUGAGGGAGAGAAUAGACAGGGUUGGGAUUCAGCUUCCCACUGUCGAAGUUCGAUACGAAGACCUCAACAUCUCCGCUAAGGUGUAUGUCGGAAGCCGCGCUUUGCCAAGUCUUACCAACGCAGCCCUCAACCUUAUUCAAAUGCCUCUGCAACGGCUGGGCUUGCUGAAGAGCAACAAGCGGGAUUUCCCCAUCCUGAGGGACGUCAAUGGACGCCUGAAGCCGGGGAGGAUGACCCUGCUGCUGGGCCCUCCCGGCUCCGGAAAGACGACCCUUCUCCUGACCCUGGCCGGGAAGGCUGCGAGCGACCUGAUCGUGACGGGCAAGAUUACGUACAACGGUGUCGACAUCCACGAGUUCGAACCGCGGCGCGUCAGCGCUUACAUCAGCCAGAGCGACGUCCACACCGGGGAGCUGACUGUCCGAGAGACGUUCGACUUCGCCACCCGAGUGCAGGGGCCUGGAUACAAGACGGAAAUGAUUGACGAGUUGACUAAAAGGGAGCAGUCCCAGAAGAUUGCGCCCGACCCAGACAUCGACGCCUUUGUCAAGGCCUCGACACUGCCUGACAAGCAGCGGAACGUGGGGACUGAGUACAUUCUUCGAGUUCUGGGCCUGGACUAUGCCGCAGAUACUGUCAUCGGCAAUGAGAUGAUGCGCGGUAUUUCGGGCGGGCAGAAGAAGCGUGUCACGACGGGGGAGAUGAUUGUUGGCCCCAAGAAAGCGCUGUUCAUGGACGAGAUCUCGACCGGGCUGGACAGCUCCACUACCUUCCAGAUUGUGAAGGCGGUCAGAAACUGGACCCACCUCAUGGAGGGCACUGUUCUGAUGGCCCUUCUGCAGCCAGCACCCGAGGCAUUCGACCUCUUUGACGACGUCCUGCUGCUGAGCGAAGGCUACGUGGUGUUCCACGGUCCGGUGACUGAGGUUCUCAGCUUCUUCGAGUCGCUGGGCUUCACGCCCCCUGAGAGGAAGGGCAUCGCCGACUUCUUGCAGGAGGUCACCUCCAAGAAGGAUCAAGCGCAAUACUGGAACCGCCGCGAGCCGUACCGCUUCGUUCCGGUGUCCGCCUUCGCGGCGGCGUUCAAGGAGAGCCGGUGGGGCCAGGAGAUCCGGGAGGAUCUGUCUCAACCGGUGCAACCUGCCAAACCUUUGGCACUCCCCAAGGAAAAGUACGCGCUCAACCGGUGGGCAAUGUUCCGAGCACUUCUCAGGCGCGAACUCAUCCUGAUGAAGCGGAACCGAUUCCUCUACACCUUCCGGACCGUGCAGUGCGGCAUCGUGGCGUUCAUCACAGCGACGCUCUUCUUCCGCACGACGCUGGGCGUGAACUUGCAGGACGGACCCAUCUACCUGGGCGUCCUCUUCUUUUCGCUCAUACACAUGCUCUUCAACGGAUUCUCCGAGCUCGCUAUCACGGUCGGCCGCCUGCCGGUAUUUUACCGACAGCGCGACAAUCUGUUCUACACGGGCUGGGCGCUCAAUCUGCCGACGGCGGUACUCCGCAUACCGUACUCGUUUGCGGAAGCCACCAUCUGGACAGUCAUUGUCUACUACGUGGUUGGGCUUGCCCCUCAGGCGGACAGGUUCUUCACGUACUGGUUUUUGAUGGUGCUGGUACACAGCAUGGCGCUCGCGCUGUUCCGCCUGAUCGCGGCCCUCGGCCGCAAGAUGGUCAUCGCAAACACUGGCGGCUCCUUCGCGCUCCUCGUCAUCUUUCUACUCGGCGGCUUCAUCCUGUCCAAACCCGACAUUAAGCCGUGGUGGGUAUGGGGCUACUGGAUCAGUCCCCUGGCUUACGCCCAGAACGCGAUCGCGGUCAACGAGUUCACCGCCCCCCGCUGGCAGAGACCCAACCCGCAGAAUCCCAGCGAAACUCUCGGCUUCGCAAUUCUGCGUCAGAGGGGCCUGCACACCGCCAAGUGGUGGAUUUGGGUCGGCUUUGCUACGCUCAUUGGCUUCUACUUCAUUUUCAACAUUCUCGUCAGCCUGGCCCUGCAGUACCUCCCUUCGUUGGACAGUGUCCAGGCGAUUGUUCCGGAGGAUGCGCUCAAGGAGAAGCACGAGAUCCAGCACGGCACGGGUUCUGCAAAGAACCUGGCACCCAGCGGCUCGAGAACAGACGAAGAUGGCGACGUUGAGGCGGGCAACGCCGACCGCGGGAAAGCCAAGGCGCCCUCGGUGCCCCCAAUCAGUGAAGCCGACGGUGCAGAAGGCGAUGUGGAGAUGGGCCGGAUUGGUCACCGUUCGAGCGCGGCGGGAGCGGCGCGCAUGGAGGACGUCAACGGAAACGGGAUCGUUCCUGUCAACGGCAGGCCAAACGGCGAGCGGGAGACCACUGCCUCAAAGAGCGGUCUCGGCGCGCCAAGCAGGAGCCUGCGCCAGCGCCUGUCCAUGACGUCAUCCAAGAGAGGCAGCGGCCUCAAGCAGCGGUCCAGCCUGGAGCGCGUCGCCGACAAGGGCAUGAUUCUGCCCUUCCAGCCGCUGGCCAUGACAUUCCACCACGUCAACUACGCAGUCGACAUGCCAAAGGAGUUCCAAAAGGAGGGCCAGGACAAGAAGCUGGGGCUGCUGAACGACAUCAGCGGCACGUUCCGCCCGGGGGUGCUCACGGCGCUCAUGGGCGUCUCCGGCGCGGGCAAGACCACGCUCAUGGACGUGCUCGCCGGCCGGAAAACAGGCGGGUACAUCGAGGGCGAGAUCCGCGUGGGCGGUCACCCCAAGGUGCAAGAGACGUUCGCGCGCGUCUCGGGCUACGUGGAGCAAAACGACAUCCACUCGCCCCAGCUGACGGUCCUCGAGUCCCUGCGCUUCUCCGCCUGGCUGCGCCUCGCGGAAGACAUCGACAAAGAAACCAGAAACGAGUUCGUGGACGAGGUGAUGGAGCUGGUGGAGCUGACCGGAAUCCGAAACGCGCUGGUGGGUCUGCCCGGCAGCAGCGGACUCUCCGUGGAGCAGCGGAAGAGGCUCACCAUCGCCGUCGAGCUGGUGGCUAAUCCGUCCAUCAUCUUCAUGGACGAGCCCACGUCAGGUCUGGACGCGCGCGCGGCCGCGAUCGUGAUGCGGACGGUCCGCAACACGGUGAACACGGGACGUACGGUGGUGUGCACCAUUCAUCAGCCCAGCAUCGACAUUUUCGAGUCGUUCGACGAGCUGCUGCUGCUCAAGCGCGGCGGGCGCACCAUCUACGCGGGGCCGCUCGGGAAGGACUCGAGCGAGCUCGUCAAGUACUUCAAGCACGUGCCCGGCGUCCCCGAUAUUCCCCCCCGGUACAACCCGGCCGCGUGGAUGCUCGACAGCACGACACCUGGCAUGGAGGAGAAGCUCCACGUGGACUUUGCCGACAUCUUCAAGCAGAGCGACCUGUACAAGCACCUAGAGCGGACGAUAGAGGAGGAGUCCAAACCCGCGCCCGGCGUGGAGCCCCUGCGGUUCGACAAGAAGUACCCGCAGAAUCCCUUCGUUCAGACGGCGGCGCUGCUGUGGAAGAACAACAUCACUUACUGGCGGACGCCCGAGUACAACUUCGUGCGCUUCCUCUUCUGCACUGUCGUCGGAGUCAUCUUCGGAAGCAUCUACUGGAAUCUGGGCACCAAAAGGGGCAACCUGGGCCAGGUACUGAACGUGGCCGGUGGGCUGUACGCGGUCGUCCUGUUUUUGGGCGUCAACAACGCGUCCACCGUGCAGCCCGUGGUCGCCGUCGAGCGCGGCGUGUCGUACCGCGAAAGGGCCGCCGGCAUGUACUCCGCCAUUCCGUACGCCAUUGCCCAGGGCCUCAUCGAGUUCCCCUACGUCAUGGCCCAGACCAUUGUCUACAGCGCCAUCACAUACGCUAUGAUCCACUUCCAAUGGACGGCGGCCAAGUUCUUUUGGUACACGCUCUUCAUGUUCCUGACGCUCAUGAUCUUCACCUUCUACGGCAUGAUGGCCGUCGCCAUCACGCCCAACGUCCAGCUUGCCGCCGUCAUCUCCUCCGCCUUCUACUCCAUCUUCAACCUCUUCGCCGGCUUCCUCCUGCCGCGGCCGCGCAUCCCCGGGUGGUGGGUGUGGGCGUGGUAUCUUGACCCUGUCGCCUGGAGUCUUUACGGUUUGGUCGGCUCUCAGCUGGGCGACAUCGACACUGAGUUCAUCACCGAUCAGAACGGUCAGAUUGUUAGCGUGGCUGACUUCAUCCAUCGAUAUUUCGGCUACCGGUAUAGUUUCCUCGGGUGGGUAGUUUUCAUUAUGUGCGCGUUUGUGAUCGCGUUCUGGGGAAUCGUCAUCUUUGCCAUUAAGAGAUUCAAUUUCCAAAAGCGGUAGACGCAAGGCCUGGCUAACGUGGGGCCAUUUCUCAAAGAUUCGAAUUAACACCAAUCAGACUGGGAGAGGACCGGGUCGUUUUGGUAAAAAGUGCAGGUUAUUAUGAAAGAGAGGAAAUGGGAUCGGUGCAAAUAAAUAUAGGAGCACGCUUAGAAGUCGCAUGUACAAGCAAGCCAACAUAGAAGGGUUUUGGGAACAAUAUUGUGGAAGUAAGCCUGUUCUUGAUAUCAAGGGGAAACAUACAAGUCGAUUGCACGCAAUUCAAGUAGGGUAGUACACGCAUAGAAAGUGAAGGACGAUAUUUUCGCCAUUGCUGUACAUUUUUUGGGUAACGACUGGCGAAGAUCAUGCAAUUGCCGCGUAGUUUCUUCAGACUUUACCUAGCUAAAUUGAAGGAAGAGAGCAAAGUACCUAUUUUUGGAUUUCACCCUCAUGUCACGGCCAAAACGUCCAAAUUGACCCGC